ACACUGAUGGGGAUCCCGGUGAUGAAGUCGAUGUUGUGGCUGUCCACUUUCUUGGCCCUGGCCUUGUGCUGCCUUGCUGCUUACCGCCCCAUUGAGACCCUGUGUGGCGGGGAGUUGGUGGACACCCUCCAGUUUGUUUGUGGCGACCGCGGCUUUUAUUUCAGCAGACCUGUGAACAGAUACAACCAUCGCCGUGCCCGGGGCAUUGUGGAGGAAUGCUGCUUCCAGAGAUGUAGCCUGGCCCUGCUGGAGACAUACUGUGCCACCCCCGCCAAGUCCGAGAGAGAUGUACCGGCCCCUCUGGCCGAACACCCGGACGAUCCCCAAUUAUCCGUGGGCAAGGCUUUCCAUCUGGACAACUGGAAGCAAUCCGCUAAGCGCCUGCGCAGAGGCCUGCCUAGUUUCCUGUUUGGCCUGGGCAAGAUGAUCCACCGAGAAGUGUCUCAGGUGAUCAAGGAGAUCACUCAUCCAAAAUCCACGAUCACCGUGCCCGUCCACGUGCAACCUGUGACCCAAAUGGAAGAUUAG